AUGGCAAAAUCUACAGGUCUAGAUAAGAUCUCAACUAAGCUAAUAAAACAGGCAGGCGAUACAAUAACUGAAUCACUUCUAGAAGUGUUUAACAUAUCUCUUAGGACAGGAAUAUUUCCAGAUGAUUGGAAAUUUGCCAAAGUGACUCCAAUAUAUAAGGCAGAAAACAAAACCUUAUGUGAAAACUAUAGACCGAUAUCAGUCAUUUCGAAUAUCGCCAAAAUAUUUGAGAAAUUAGUCUGUAGACAACUAAAUACCUUCCUGGAUAACAACAACAUAAUUGUAAAAAAUCAAUCAGGUUUCCGUCGCAAUCACUCAACCGAAACCUCGUUACUACAAUCUACUGAAAUGUGGUUGAAAUCAAUGGACCAGGGUCAAAUAAAUGGGCUUAUUUUCUUAGACCUGAAAAAAGCAUUUGAUACGAUUGAUCACCAGAUUCUAUUGUCAAAACUACAAGCUUAUGGGAUACGCGACCACACGCUCAAACGGUUCCAAUCGUAUUUAGAUCAAAGAAAGCAAAUUUGCAUGCUAAAUGACUGUAAAUCUGAUAUUGAAACAAUUCGUAUAACAUCACAUUCAUUUCGAUCGGACCGCAGAAUUACUGCUACAAGGCCAGUACCAACAAGAUCGAGGCGAAGAUACGAAGGAUUACCUUGA